CAGAUGCCGGUUCUGCACGAACACAUCCUUCCACUGUAAAGCUAACCGUAAAAUCUGCGAUGUGUGUAUGAUUUUAUCUGGCGCGUACAGUAUAUGAUGAAAGAGGCGGCAGCGUGCGAUCAUCCGACAGUGAUUUAUCAGCAUGAAUGCCUGCCGGCAGCCAUGAGUGGAAUUCUGAAGAGGAAGUUUGAGGAGGUGGAGGGGGCUUCACCCUGCUCCUCAUUGAGGGAGUCUGAGGAGGAAGAGAUAUCCAGCACUGAGAGCGGAGACAGCAGCGACAGCGUCAACCCGUCAGCCUCGCACUUCAGCCAUUCUUCAUCAGCAUCAGCAUCAUCCUCAUCAUCAACACACGCACUGCAGCGGACAGCGUCCUCAAUACUGAAGCGGGAGAAGCGGAUGAGGACGAGGAGGGUGCACUUUGAGAAGGUGACCGUGUAUUACUUUAGCCGGAGGCAGGGAUUCACCAGCGUGCCCAGUCAGGGUGGCAGUACACUGGGCAUGUCCAGUAGACACAGCUGCGUGCGGCAGUAUACACUGGGAGAGUUCGCCAUGGAGCAGGAGAGAAUCCACAGAGACAUGCUCCGAGAUCACCUGAAAGAGGAGAAACUCAACUCUAUUCGGCUAAGGUUGACGAAGAACGGCUCUGUGGAGUCCGAGGAGGCCAAUGCUCUCACGCUGGACGACAUCUCUGAUGAUGACCUGGAUAUUGAUAACACAGAGGUGGAUGAGUACUUUUUCCUUCAGCCACUGACCACUAAGAAGCGGCGCGCUCUGCUGCGCUCAUCCGGCGUCAAGAAGAUCGAUGUGGAGGAGAAACAUGAGCUACGGGCCAUCAGGGUGUCCAGGGAAGACUGUGGCUGCGACUGCAGACUCUUCUGUGACCCGGAGACCUGCACAUGCAGCCUCGCUGGCAUCAAGUGUCAGGUUGACCGUAUGUCGUUCCCGUGUGGCUGCACAAAAGAGGGCUGCAGCAACGCGGCCGGCAGGAUCGAGUUUAACCCCAUCCGAGUUCGGACUCACUUCCUGCACACCAUCAUGAAGCUGGAACUCGAGAAGAGCCGCGAGCAGCAGCAGAAUUCCGGCAUCGUCGCACCGACCGGAAACGUUCACGGCGACCCGAACGGUCACUGCAGCCCGCUGGCGACAGGCCAGCAUGCGCUGGAAUACGCAAUCCCAGAUACAGUCCCGCAGACCACCAUCAUGCAUCUGCAGGCCGGCGAUGACAUGGACGACACCUUGGAGGAGGAGGAGGAGGAAGAAGACGAUGAGGAUGAGGAAGAUGAGGAAGAGGAUGAAGAUGACGAAGACGACGAGAACGAAGACGACGAGGACGAGAGCAGCAGUCUGUGCAGUCUAUCCGAUUCCAGCACGCAGAGUUUAGCGAACAGCGACUCUGAGGAAGAAGACGACAAUGAGGAUGAAGUCAAGACGGAGGAGUUUGACACGGGAUUGGCCAAUAGCGAAGUGGCUCCGCCCCCUUCCGUGAUGUGUUACUCUGAGAAUACGGUCGCGUCCGACAACCAAACUAAUGGCAACUCCUACUUCAUCAACUCCACUGCGGAGUACUACCAAAUGGAAAACGUUACUCCGCCCACACUUUUAGCCUCUGCCAACCAAUCUAGUGAGCCCUACGUAGGGGACACGGCGUCUUAUCAAGACAGGGUUAAUGACUCCAGUAGGGUCAUGUCUCAGGGUCCUUACAAUGUGACCGCUGACCAAUACACGGACUACUCCCAGCAGCCCGAGCAACCAUACGCCAAUCACCACUUGGCCGUGAUUGGCUGUUGCGCCUCAGAGCCGGAUAAAAGUGUCCAAUCCAAAGGGACCUUCCUCGGCCAAUCAGGAGAGCUGAGCCAGAUGGAAUUCCAAAAUUAUCUGAACAACAAUACACAGGAUACGAGUUAUAACGCCAACGGGACCUGUUACGUAGCUGAACAGCCAAAGGAGUUGUCUCACAAUCUGCCCGAAGUUUCGCUAGCGGACAACACGAAAGGACCUACUUUACUGGACGCUUUCGCUGAGCCCACUCCGGUUUAGAUUCAGAGAGCGGCACGAGAGUAUAAAAGCAGCCUUCGAUUCUGCACAUCAACGUUUCGUUUUCCUGUUUAACGUUUGGCGGAUCCAAAAAUAUGUAUUUUUACUGAACUUUGCAAAGAACAAAAACGAUUUAAACUGCAAAAUCAGAGCGUAUAAGCUUUAGGUUGGAAACACUCUACGCAAGUACGUUAACGCAAACGCUUCUAGCUACGCAAGCUUGAUUUCAAUAACGCAAUGGGUCUUAUUCACUAAUAAUUGUGUGGAAUAUUUUGCAUUUGUACAUACAGGAGAACUUACGAAAUGCCUACGUGUCUAUGUGCGUUCUCACCCUCAACUGACUUUAGUAAUUUGCAUAAAACACACCUAAGCCAUUUCCAUAUAAGGGUAUUUUUUGCACAACAUUUUCUUUUACAGCCAUUUAUCGCUUUUUAACGGGGAGAAAGGUGGUUCAUUUAAUCUGAACAUGAUUAUAAUGCCACCGGUAUUUGAUUUUUUUCAUGCAUGUGGUUUCAGUUGCUCCAAUUUUUUUCAUAAAUUUGCAUUAAAUUUUAGUACGAAAGUUCUUGAUUUGUUCAUGAAACAUUCGUACACAGAUUUCAAGCACAAAUUCAUGCGUACAAGUGCUUAGUGAUAAAUGAGACCCAUUGUUUUUAAAUAAACAGACGUUAGUUGGUAUUUUAGUGCCCCCUUGAGGUUUAUUACCACUAGAGCAAGAACUUAAAGGGACAGUCUACCUAAAAAUGAAACACUGUCAUGAUUUACUCACCCUUAUGUCAUUCCAAACCUGUUUUGGAGCGCAAAAGAAGAUAUUUAAAAAAAAUAAUAAAAAAUGUGUUUUUUGUCCAUAAAAUGAAGGUAAAUGGGGUCCAAUAUUGCUUGGAGUCCAACGUUGUUCACACUAACUUCUUGUAUGUUCUGCAGAAGAAAGGAAGUUUGGAAAGACAUGAGGGUGAACAAAAGACAGAAUCUUAAUUUUUGGGUGAACGAAACAAUAAUGCUUGCAAAACGUUGGCCAAGCGUUUACGUACUGGCAUAAAGUCUAUUGCUGGCCUUAGGCUCGUGCAAUGUUUCUUGUAAUUUCAAAAGUUCUAGUUUUGAGCAGAAAUGUGGAUAGAACUUUUCUAUGUAGCUAUCUGUGUCAGUGGUGCAAAAAAGAAAACAAACAAACAAAAAAAAAAUUGUUGCUGUUAGUGUUCUGAAGUAAGUGUAUAUCUAAAUGUUUGAUAAAAGCAUGUUUUUUAGCUUUCAUCGCUGGUUUAUGGUUUUGUAAGAGUUCGAUGUACUGUAAAAGAGAAAAUAAUACUGUUGCGUUUUCGUACACAUACUUCAUGCUUUAAAGAGUUGGUGAAAGCAUGAAAACGGCUCUAAAAAUAUGUGCUGUUCAUUUGCCUUUGCUUACAAAACCAAAACCAUGAUAUUUAAGUUGUGAACACGAUACAUUUCCUCAACAUAAUUGCACUUUUCCAUUGGCUGAUAUUAUACAGAACCGCAACCAAUUGUUACCUGAGCACUAAAGGGGGCGGGGCUAUCUGGUACCGUGCCAUGACUAUGGCUGUGUUCGGAAUGGAACACUUGCUUACUACUUACUGUGUAGUAUAUUAUAUGUAUACUAUGGAAGCUUGUUUACACCACAGGAUCAAAAAAAAUGUAAUUGCAAUUUUUAUUUCAACUCUUUUUUUCUUGUAAUUUGGAAGUUAUCUCACAAUUAUGACUUUUUUUCUCAGAAUUGUGAGAUAUAUGUCAGUGUUGAUAGCCUUGUGGGCAGUGCGUCAACAUACAGCGCUGUUGCGCUAUGGCCGUCCCAAGUUCGAAUCCCAGGACCUUUUUCUUCCACAAAAUAAAAAAGGGAAUUGUGGCUUUUAUAUUCAAUUCUGACUUUUCUCGCAAUUGCGAGUUUAUAUCUCACAGUUCUUUGCAAGUUUACAUCUUGCAAUCCUGAGUUUAUAUCUUGCAGUUUUUUAAAUUUUUCUCGGAAUUCUGAGACAAAAAAAAAAAAAAAACUGAAUUGCGAGAUAUAAUGUCAGAAUUACCUUUUAUUUUGUAUUAUCUUGUGGCAGAAACAAGCUUUCAUAAUAUACUAGCGACUAUUUUAAAAUAAUAAUAAAAAUGGAAAAAGUUAGUACACAUAUUUUUUAUAUAUAGUCAUAUGAAACAUUUGUGUUUAAGAAAAACAAAACUGUCCCUCAUAUUACUUUUGUGAAGUGCACUGCAUUUUUAGAUACAGUAUGGUUUGCGGUAAAUACACAUGCAGUAUAUACAGUAGUAUGUUAGCACGCUAUUCCGAACACAGCCCUAAAUGAUGUUUUAUAACAUCUCCAUGUUUUUAGUGGAGACAUGAAGGAUGUUUUUUCCAUGACACUAACAAAAAAUAUAUAUCAUAUCUAUCUGCAUUUGUUUAAAAUGGCAAAUAGUUGACAGAAGGUAGUUAGAUAACAGAUUUAACUUUUUAAACCAGAUUACCGUAAUGAAAAUGAUCAAAAACUUUGUUUUAUGAAACUCUGAGAUACUAAAGUCUUAAAUUAUCUUUGGGAUUAUACAGGGAUUUCUGAUAAAAUGCACUUUGAAAUGCAUCAAGUUACUGCGAACGAAGCAUUCCGUUUCUGUCAGGCGAAGAUGAUUUUUAAAAGUGUUUAAAUUACGAAGUCUAGAACACAAAUGAACUCUCAUUAGGUUUGUACAAGGUAAUACUUUACAUUUAUUGCAUAACUGAAGGUAUUGAAUGGAUGGAGGCCAGGAAGGUGAUUUUUCUCAAUUUAUAGUGCUAAAUAUUUUAUGGCAUGAUGUGAAAAUAUUCUCUCAAUAACUUAGCUUAAGAUUUUGAGAGGAAAAAAGAGAGUAAUUCUUGUCACGGUUAUUUAAUUUAAAAAUCAGCUUUGACUGAAUAAAUCAUUCUGAAGAGUAAUUUGUUAAGUGCAAUAGUUUACAGUGUGAUAAUGCCACACAUGAAAGCUAAUGUUCAUUGAAAGGAGUGAAUUCAUUUCACAUCAGAUUUCCUCCCAUGUUAAAGGGAAAGUUCACUCAAAAAUGACCAUUCUGUCAUUAUGUACUCACCCUCAUCCAGGUCAUUCCGAACUCGUAUGCUGUUAUUUUGUCCCCUAAAAAAAGAGAAUUUUUAUGAAAAAUGACACGAGGGUGUUUAAAUAAUCACAGAAUAAUCAUUUUUGUGUGACAUAUUACCUUAAAGCACUGACGAGUUGAGAUAAAGCUGUUUUUUUAACGCACAAACCUUAUGAUGCAUCUGUCAGUUUGUUUAUCCUCUUGAUGAUAGAGAGAGUCAUUGUCCAAUGGAGAAUGUCCCUCAAUAAGCUCAAGAAAGGACAAUCAAAUGCCUUUUAUGUCAUCAACAUUGUAGCGUAACCUCGUGGGGCGGUAAUGAAAUAACCAGAUCCUUAAAGGUGAAGUGUGUCGUUUAAAACUUGUAUCCCAGCUUUAACAUGCAGAACCAUAAGCAAGACCUUUAACCUCACACAUUAAACAAGUCUUAAUGCUACAAACAUGAAAUAUACCUCAAAAUGCUUUGCUUGUGCGAUUACCUUUCCCUAUGGAAACUCAUUUUCGGCACAUAAUAUAAGCGUACAUUUCACAAUUAUGAUAUAAAUUGUCAUAAUUUUGAACUUUAAAUUAUGACUAAAAGUCAUAAUUAUGACAUACUAAGUCAUAAAUAUGAGAUAAAGUCCAAAUUACGACAUACUAACUCAUAAAUUAAUAUGAUAAAAAAUAACCAAAAUGAUGACAGUCAAAAUUAUAAUAUAGUCGUAAUUAUGACUAGAAGUCAUAAUUUUGACUUUUUGUCACUUUCCCCUGUUGACAUCAUAAUUGCUGACAAUUUCAACUUUUUGUGAUAAUUAUGACUUUUUAAUCGCCAAAUUCCAACUGUGUAACUCACAAUUUGUCUUUGGAUGUAAUAAUUUCACUGUAAAAAGUGAUGUUGACUUAACUUAAAAAAAUUGAGGAAACCCGUUGCCUUAAGUAAAUGAUAAUUAAAAAAAUAAGUUAUUUGAAUUGUCAAGUUC